AUGCAGGCCUCACCGACGACGGCGGCGGCGGAGGCGGCGGCGCCGGCGGCGAAGAGCAGGCGGUUGGAGCGCGCCAGCCAGCGCCCGGCCGCCACCAGCGCCACGCGGCCGGCGAAGUCGCCCGCGGUGGCGGUGGCGACGGCGCGCGCCACGCCCGCCUCCUCCAGCCCCAGCGCGCGUGCGUGCAGCGGGAACAUGGCGAAGAAGUUGAGCUCCUCCACGUGCGCCAGGCACAGCCCCACCGCCACGCCCACCACGCGCGCGUCGCGCAGCAGCGCAGCGUCCAGCCCCGCGCAGCGCAGCCACCGCGCCCUGCCGACACGAUACACAUUGGAUUUACCUCCAGUGGCUUGCCGCAGCAAAAAUGCUAUCAAACAAAAUGGUUUUCCAAAGAAAAAAAGUAAAACACUCUCAUUAUUAUUAUAUUGUGAAGGAUUGGGGCGCGGGGACGGGGGCGGCCGCAGCAGCAGCUGGCAGGCGGCGGCGGCGGCGCCCAGCCCCGCGAACCCCAGCUUAGCCGCCCGCGCGCCCGCCGCCGCCUGCAGCCGCUGCGCCGCCAGCGGCAGCGCCAGGCUGCCCGCGCCGAUGGCGCACUGCGCCACUGCCAUCGCCACCGUGCGGCGCCGCCGGAAGUGCUCGUUGAACGACGCCAGGCUGGCGCUCAGCAUCAGCCCGAAGCCCGCGCCUGCGCCCACCGUCCACUCCAUUGCAGGGCAUUGGCAAUCGCGCAGCCGCAGCGAUGGGAUGGGAUGGGAAGGAAUGAUCGCACACGGACCGAGUACAGGGAAGGGAGUGGCUCGUUGGGGAAGGAAGCAUCGCGUAGUCACCGUACGCCGCAUGCACAAGUGGUUAUUGAACGACGCCGAGCUCACGCUCAGCAUCAAGCCGAAGCCUGUGGCUGCGCCCACACCUACCGACUGGGCAUGCGAGGCGCUCACCUUGCACGGCGCCGUAGGUGAGCACGAGGUGCAGCGCGGAGGCGGCGAAGGCGGCCGAGAAGGAGCCGGCGCAGUAGACGAGGCCGCCGGCCACGCCCACCUGCCGGAACGAGAAGCGCCGGUACAGCGCCGGGCACAGCAGCCCUGCGACACACCGCCACGCCUUCGUCUCCGCUUCGCCUCUGCUGGCAGUCCUCUCACUCUAACAGUGCGUUCGCUUACAGUUGGCUCAUUCGCAAAUGGCUUCAUCACUAUCUCUUGCAAAGUUUUCACUCUGCGUGACGUUGGACAAACCGGAAAUGGGAAGACAAAAGGAGAAGAGACUGAUGAUGGAGGCAAUUGUGGCUCCUUCAUUUCCGGGGUUGGUUUCCAGCACAUCGGCAAACAUGAUGCCAAAGCACGGCAGGGCGCCCCAAAACGCCAUCUGCAACACGAGCAAUUCAGACGAAAACCAAUUCUUCCUCCUAGAAUAGAUGGUGCAUCUGGAGCAGAGUUAGAAGGUGCAGCUUAUUUGGUGGAUGAAUACAUGUACUUACAGCCAUGUGGCCGGUGGAGAGCGUGCGGGCGCCGAGUGCUGCAGCGGCGCUGCCUGGCCGAGGAGAAGCGCUGCGCGGAGCCAGUGGCAGCCGGCGACUGCUCGAGGCCUCGUGGCGGGGCGGUCGCCUUCCCUCCCUCCAACGCGCCCGCGCUGCGCCAGGCCUGGCCACUCCGCGCGGGAGGAGCAGAGAAGAGAAAGGGCGCGGCGGCGCUGCGAGGCUCGAGCCCUUGCGCCGCUCGGCAUCCGACACCCAUUCAUCAUGCAAACGCAAACUUCGAGCUCAUGAUUCCACGAGUUUCGUUAAUCUCAUUGGCCUCACGGUGCAGACUGGCAUGGUUGGGUUCCAUACAGUAUAAAACAUCAGCAUCUUCAAAUCUGAUGAGCUCAAGACCAGAGAAAGGGUUUCGGCCACUGCAGACUUCUGAGUUUGGCCAAAAUGACAGUUCCCAUUGUGUUCAGAGAGACGGGACUACAGAGGCCUUCUGUUGGUACAGCCCAUUAUCAUCAGGGCUGCUCAGAGAUGUCGGUCGCUGCAGUGGCCUAUCGGGUCACGCCUCGUUCAGUAGACUAGACUCUCUACCCCUCUUUGUCCUCUAUGGGCAAUGCGAGCAGCGCCCUCUCUCCUUAGCCUUCCCCUACCCUCGGGUUGACUCGGCCAGCAGCGGGGCACACACCUUUCACCAAGUCUCUAGGUUACGUUUACCCCCCCUUUCCCUCUAUGAGCAAUGCGAGCAGCGCUCUCUCCCCCUGCCCCGGGGCUGCCUUGACAAUCAGUGGGCUACCUCGAUUGCCUGCAGUGAAGUGGAGGCCAGAUUACUUGGGAGCGCCCACGGGAGCGCGAGCCCCGCCCUUCGACGAAUAGGCAACGUCGCCUCAGCCGGGGAGCUUGAUAGGAGAGAGGGCAAGAGCGCGACGUUAUCACUGCACCGCUCAAGGAAAUCGAACUGCCUGAGCUUCCGCUUCCCUUUUUCUUGCAAGUUGGACAAUUCCCGACAUCCGGCAACUAAACGGGGUGUUCUGAAAACUCUGGCCAUCAGAGAAACUAGAGCGUGGGACGAGGAAUCUGUACACUGCGUCAUGGAGCUCCUCAAGGGUACAUUUAUGGAUAACGGUUGCAGUACUAGCGAUCCCAAACGAACAUCAGGCAACGACCAGCUUCAGCAAUGCGUAGUAACGCGCAAUCUCCAAGCAGAGUAUUUCUGUAGCUGUUGCGAGGGCAACGCAACUUCCUGCAAACAGAACCUAGCGCACCAUCUCACUUCCUAUUUGGCGAAGUACUGUGAUGGUCGUGAGUUGGAUGUUCAAUUUGACGAUGAAGUUCAAUUUACGUCAAGAAAUAUACUGGAUAUUGUGGUAGUCAUGUUAAUGGCCGAAAUCAACGCCAAAAGGAAGCACACCUCCUACAUUCAACACAUCCUCUUGAAUGAAGGUCAUCUUCCCGACAAAUCUGAAAAGAAGAGUAAAUUAUUAGCACCAUAUCAUUGCACAAGCAGGAGUCUUGCACCUCGGCAUCGGGGGCGAAUCUCUGACCGAAGGUGUUGGAGUCGCGUGGGGAGAUAUCGGGACCUCCCAGCGAAACUUGGCAAGGGGCGCGAGCGUCUUGUUGGACGCGUAGGGUGGAUGAUGCGAAGCACCGUUUCUCCGCUCAUCGCCACUUCAACGGCCACUUCACGAGUGGUGGCCAUGCAGUCGUGGCCCCGUUGGUCACAACGCGCCUCGACGCUGAGGCGGCCCGAAUGCGGCUCAGAGCGAAACGCCGCCGUGUCCUGGGAUGCAUGUGGAGCGAUUCCCUUCCGCGCGAAGGAACUGGAUCGCUGCUCUUGGAGCUGCGCUGGAGGCAUCGUUCGCGCAGCGCACCGCGGGAACAACGCGACCGAGCUGGGGCAAGCGCUGCGACGUCGUGUGAGCGGGGAAACCACCGCGCCCUCCACCACGGCCACUCACGGGGGUUGGUGCAACGCCACUAUGGCUACGGAUUGCAAAAUUAAGAAUAUCUGGAAUACAGAAAGCCUGUUAUCGGGAGCCCCCUCCGCCGACGCCUCAGAUGAAAGGUUUCCACUUUGCCGAAAAUGCCGCCGCCGUCGAGAAAAAUCGGCGCUGACAUUUCCGAACGUCAGCGGAGACGAACGUGUAGAUUUCACAAGCACAUCUGCAGCGCGCGCCCCUCCGAGACCGAAAGCAGCCCGCGAGGACGAUCGACAACCGAAUGCGUUCUCCCAGGCUCCUCUGAUAUGUUUCCUCCUUGCCCAAGGACAGCACACAGUGCAACAAGCCACACACGGGGAUUACGGAUUACCGGCAAUACGUCAUCAGUCUAUGAUAAGUAUACAGAAAAUUGCAAAAUCUCACGUUCGCAAUUCUUACAAUCGCAAAACCUUCAGCCACAAAAUAAGACCUAUUUUACCUGGACCUGCCCGAAUUGCGGGCCUCACAGGCCCGAUUCUUACACGACAGUGGAUCUGCCGCAAGACAAAUUCGAUAACUGGGUAA